ACCAGAAGCUGACGGCAAAAGAAGAGAGAUGGCUCAGAGAAGAAUCAGGGGAGGCAAACUCAUGAUGGUGUUGUGUGUGGUGACGAUGUGCAGAGCCGUCCCCAUCAACGACCUCAUCUAUCGAGCCUCUCAACAGUCUGACAAACUGCACGCGCUCAGCACGAUGCUCACCCAGGAGCUGCAGGGCUCUGAGGUAUUCCCUAUAGACAGGGUUCACGCGUGCCACACCUCCUCUCUGCAGACCCCCACUGACAAGGAACAAGCACUUCAAGUAUCAGAGUCAGAUCUGUUGUCCCUGGCUCGGUCCCUCCUGCAGGCUUGGUCGGACCCUCUUGUAGUCCUGUCCUCCUCUACUAACGUCCUCCCGUACUCAGCCCAAAGCACCUUAUCCAAAACUAUCCAGAAGAUGCAGGAGCACUCCAAAGACCUCAAGGAUGGCCUGGAUAUACUAUCUAGCAAGAUGGGUCCAGCUGCUCAGACCAUCACUUCACUUCCAUUCAUAGAAACCAAUGAGAUCGGCCAGGACAAGAUUACCAAACUGCUGUCCUGCUUUCGCCGGGACUCUCACAAGAUCGACAGCUUCUUGAAAGUCCUGCGCUGCCGGGCAGCAAACAUGCAACCCCAGAUGUGCUGAAGAGUGGCUGUCCAGCCUGAAUCUGUGAAAAGAUCGUUCUUACAGCUUCUAUUGCUUAUCAAAUAGAGAAGUGCUCAUGAUAGAAAUUUGCUGUCUUAGAUAUUAUCUGGUUUGCUAAUUAGUAAGUUUUUUAGGCUUCAGGGAUUAAGGAUAAGGAAGAAUUAUAAGGCAC